CUUAUUACUCCUUCCUUCCCUUUUUGUUUGGAAAUGGAACAUGAUCGUGACCUGGAAAGAGUCUCUCACGACUGAUAUGUGGUGUGUUUCUCCUACGUACGACGUACGUACCAACUCAUUACUUCGAGUAUUUUGUCCAGCCCACGUUUGUUUGGUAAUCCCGGGCGCGCGGCAUUGAUGGGUUCCUCCCAGGCGCUUGCUCUGUGGGUGGUGAUCACGCACCUCCUCUCCCUUGGCGGCGGCUUCGUAAGCUGCGCCAAGCCGAGCUUCUGGCCGAGCUCGGCCACGCACGACGAGGCCGGCUGCCUCAGCUGGCGCGUCAUGGUGGAGGCCAACAACGCGCGGGGCUGGCGUACGGUGCCGGCGCCCUGCGUCGGCUACGUCAAGGCCUACAUGACCCGGGGCCAGUACGGCAGGGACCUGGACAGCGUCAUGGAGCAGGUGUCCGCGUACGUCGACCAGAUCGCCGCCGCCGCCGACGGCCUCGACGCCUGGAUCUUCGACAUCGACGACACCUGCCUCUCCAACCUGCUCUACUACCAGGCCAAGCGCUUCGGGGCGUACGAUCCCAUGGCCUUCAAGAAGUGGGCUAGCCAGGGGGCCUGCCCGGGGAUACCUCCGGUCCUUGAGCUGUUCGCGGCGCUGCAGGACAAGGGAUUCAAGGCCUUCCUUGUCUCCGGGAGGGACGAGGAGACUCUGGGCUCCUGCACGUCCCAGAAUCUGGAGUCAGAAGGGUUCUCAGGGUACGAGAGGCUCAUGAUGAGAACUCCCGAGUACCGAGGGCAGAGCUCGUCGGUGUUCAAGUCGGCGAUGAGGAAGCAGCUGGUGGACGAGGGCUACAGGAUCCGCGGCAACGUCGGGGAUCAGUGGAGCGACCUGCAGGGCGACAACGUCGGUGACCGCGUGUUCAAGAUACCAAACCCCAUGUACUUCGUCCCGUGAAAACACACGGGUCGCCGGAGGCCGGCCACCGGUGUGCUCGCUGCCUGCCUGCCUGCCUGAUCGACUAAUUCGUAGGCCGUGUAAACAACGGCCGAUAUGUGGCAAAACAAGCAUAGUAGAACUUAAAUCAUGAUAAGUAAAUAGGCAGUUUUCCGAUUAAAUUAAUCCAUGAAUAAAUCAUGAGCAUGACAUGGACAACAUUGAUAAGACA